AUGAACUCAGCUAAUUUCUCUCUGGUGACCAAAUUCAUUCUGGUAGGACUAACAGAUAAACCUGAACUUCAAAUGCCCUUGUUCUUUUUCUUCCUAGGAAUGUAUCUUGUCACUGCAUUGGGAAAUUUGUGUUUGAUAAUUUUGACUGGGUUGAAUUCUUACCUCCAUACCCCUAUGUACUUUUUUCUCUUUAACUUGUCCUUUAUAGAUGUAUGUUAUUGUUCCGUGUUCACUCCCCAAAUGCUGAUGAACUUCAUAUUAAUGGAGAAUGUCAUUUCUUACAUGGAAUGUAUGACGCAAGUCUUUUUCUUUUGCUUCUUUGUUGUUUCUGAAUGCUAUGUGUUGACUUCAAUGGCAUAUGAUCGCUACAUGGCCAUCUGCAAUCCACUGUUGUAUAAUGUUGUCAUGUCUCCUAAACUAUGUUUGAAUCUUAUGUUUGGUUCCUACAUUAUUGCUUUUUCUAAUGCUAUAGCACACACUGUAUGCAUGCUGAGACUGACCUUCUGUGAUACCAACACCAUCAACCACUACUUCUGUGAUAUUCCUCCUUUGCUCCAGCUCUCUUGCUCGAGCACAUAUGUCAACAAUCUUAUAAUUUUUGUUGCUGCAAGCAUCAACAUCAUUGUUCCUACUUCAACUAUCUUGAUCUCCUAUGGGUUCAUCCUUUCCAGCAUCAUCCACAUCAGUUCCUCUGAGGGCAGAUACAAAGCCUUCAGCACCUGUAGUUCCCACAUCAUUGCAGUUUUUCUGUUCUUUGGUUCAGGGGCUCUUGUGUAUUUCAAACCCUCCUCAGCUGGAUCAUUGAAUGAAGGAAAAAUCUCUUCUGUUUUUUAUACCAAUGUGGUUCCCAUGAUGAAUCCCUUAAUCUACAGCUUGAAGAACAAAGAUAUUAAAGUUGCCUUUAGGAAAACCCUGACCAGCAGGAACUUUUGA